AUGAAAUACUACUUGCUGCUCAACCAAUGCGCGUUGCUGGCGACCGCAAUACCAGCAAGAAGGCCCUCUAAGCCCUUGGCAGAUGCCGUCGCCUCUGGAGUCACUGUCUCGUCUGACGAUUCGACCGGUACGAAUUACGACGCAACAACUGUCCUGCAAAAGAGGAGCAAAAUCCAAUCUACUUGUGGCGGUAGAGAAGCAGCGAUCAAAGAAGCGCUACAGGUUUGUGCCAGCAGAGCCCGGGCAGGGCAGCAGUUUGCUUUGGACUCGCAAUCCGGCUCGGACAUAAUGAAGCUUUUCUUCAAGAACGACGACGAGAGCACCCGCCAGCGUGUAGCGAACCUUUUGAGCAAAGUGGCGAAAGAGUGCGAGGCGAAUGGUGACGGAGAAACAACGAUCGGCUGCACUGAAAACGAAUAUAAACUUUGUGUCAACGGUGGUAGCACAAAAGCUUACUCCAAUAAGAUCGGCGGAAGCGAAAUCUAUCUCUGUGACGUCGCUUUCAAUGAACCCUUUAAGAAGGCAAAGAAUUGCGGUGCCCGAGAUCUUGCCUUCACCAUGCUGCACGAAAUGACUCAUUCUCGGGGCAGCACGAACGAUUUCAGUAGCUAUGGCAUCAAUGCUGUGCAAAGGCUUACUCCGGACCAGAACAUCCAGCAUGCGGAUUCCUACGCUCUCUUCGCUACGGCAGUUGCGUCCAGAUGCACAGCUAAGGAAGCGAGAGAUGGUCUCGGUGCACCGACUUUCAGCUCAACCUCGAGCUCGGCCAACCAGGUGCAAGCACCUAAUACUAGAAAUAAUGUCUCGACGGAAAGCACUGAAAGUACCGCCGGUGCUGGCCCGGCCGAGGUGCCUAUGGAUGAAAAGACUGGCUUGACACAAGCAACUGCUGGAAAUAACACAGAGGACAGUGGUGCGACCAUUGCAAAUUUGGGUGGCACUGACGGCAAAGAACAGCCGAAAGGAUACCCAUCCCAGCCCAAUGGUGGCCUGGCCAGCCGCCUUGGUAAUGGUGGAACUGGCAGCGAAGAUGCCGCAGUUCCUAUUCGGAGCCCUGCUGCAUCGGACAACCACGACUUGGCUGGGAACAGAAGUGGCGUGACGUCGAGGCCUCCUCCUCAACUGGCGCCAGAACUGGACGUAGACACCGCUGGCCGGCCCGGUCCUGGUCCAUCUGAAUCAUAUAUGCCAACCGGCACGUCGGCCGAAAAGCCAAAUGGAGGUGGAGCAAGCUGCACCGGUACCAACCCUACCAUAGGAGGGGGCGCAAGCUGCGCCUAUAACAACUCUGAAGCCGUAGGGAAGGAGGGGGUGGAAGAAGGAAACGGAGGGGAAGAUGGCAAGGAAGGAGAAGUGAGAAAGGGAAUGGUAGUGGCAAAUGAAAUGGGGGAGGAAAAGGCAGUGGGAGAGGGAAACGGAGUAGGAGAAGGAGUCAAAGUGGCAGAGGGAAAUGUAGAGGGGGACGGAAAGGCUGAGGGAGAGGAAGAGGCGGCAAGCUGCUACUCCGAUUAA